CGCUUUAAUCUUUCCCCUCCUUUUUCCCUUUAAAAUCCCCUCCCCAGUUCUUCCUCCUCGCCUUAUCCACCAUCCAUCGAUCUGCUGCUGCUGCUGCUGCUGCUCUCCAUCUUCUCGCACGCGUUUUCUCUCUCUCUCUCUCUCUCUAUCUCUAGCAGCUGAUUCGUCUCCGGCUCCGCAGGCGUUGACGUCAACUGCUUAGGAUCCUUCUGCUUGAGAAGCAUAUUGGUUUGUCUUAACUCAUCUCUAUUUGUACUAAUUUUAGUUCAAAUUUCUUUGUUGCCUAUAGGCAGCCCACUCUCUCCAGGAAGAUGGAAGUAAGAGGGGGCUGAAGCUUUUCAGUUUUAUCACUUUGACUGUUGUAGGGAAAUGUGUGGACGGAGAACCAACUUCGGGAGCCUGGAAAAUACUCUGCUUCAAUCAUCAAGAACAAAAUUCUCUAAAAGCAGAAGUUCUGGUAUGGAAUUUGAGUCAGAUUGGACAAAGCACCGAAAGACCUCAGCAUAUGCUGCAUUAGCAAUCCGUUCCGCCACAUCUUUCAUGCCUUGGUCCCUUAAAAUUCCUAUAGCUGAAGGUUACCAUGAAUUUCUCUAAUUAGAAGGCCUUCCUUUCGAGUUAACUCGUCCUUGGGGAGGUCAAUCCAUCGGUACGAGAACCAUUCACUCUUUUCUUCAGUGCAGCGUCAUCUUGAGAAAUGCCUUGUUUUGUGAGUGAGAAGAAAAGAUCCACGGAACAGGCCAUGUUUUUCUCCAAUUCAGUCCACGAAAGCACUCCAGCUCGUUCGAAAAGUAACCUUCCUAUAGCAACUCCUAUUGCUGAUGAUUUUGGCAGUCCCAUUCUUCCUGGACUGCCUGAUCAUGUGGCUGAUCAUUGCCUUGCACUAGUUCCUCGUUGCAACUUUCCAUCAAUGGGUGCUGUCUGCAAGAAGUGGAGGACAGUGCUCCAAAGCAGAGAAUUCCUUAUAGUGCGAAAAUUAGCAAAGGUUGUUGAGGAGUGGCUGUAUGUGUUAACUAUGGAUGCUGAAGGAAAGGAAAGCCACUGGGAAGUCUUCGACUGUUUGGGACACAAGAUCCGGCAACUUCCCCUAAUGCCUGGUCCAGUGAAAUCCGGGUUUGGAGUGGUGGUUCUUAAUGGAAAGCUAUUUGUCAUGGCUGGUUACUCCUCAUUAGAUGGACCAUGCUCUGCUUCUGCAGAAGUUUACCAGUAUGAUUCUUGCCUGAACAGUUGGAGCAAACUAGCAAGCAUGAAUGUGGCUCGCUAUGACUUUGCUUGCGCAGAAGUCAAUGGACUCGUAUAUGUGGUUGGAGGCUAUGGAAUUGAAGGUGAAAGUCUCUCCAGUGCUGAAGUGUACGACCCUGAUUCUGAUAAGUGGACUCUCAUCGAGUCUCUUAGGCGACCAAGGUGGGGAUGCUUUGCGUGCAGCUUUGAAGGGAAGCUCUAUGUGAUGGGUGGACGAUCAAGCUUCACCAUUGGGAACUCAAGGUUCGUUGAUGUAUACAAUCCCGAGCAGCACACCUGGUGCGAGAUGAAGAAUGGACGCGUCAUGGUCACUGCCCAUGCUGUGCUUGGAAAGAAGCUGUUCUGUAUGGAAUGGAAGAAUCAGAGGAAGCUUGCCAUAUAUAAUCCAGAAGACAAUUCCUGGAGUACGGUGCCCGUUCCUCUUACAGGGAGCUCAAGUAUAGGGUUCCAAUUCGGUAUAUUGGAGGGGAAGCUCUUGCUAUUUUCACUUAAAGAAGAUCCGGAGUACCAUACAUUGUUAUACGAUCCCAAUGCUGCCCCGGGCUCUGAAUGGCAGACUUCUGAGAUAAAGCCAUCAGGUUUGUGCUUGUGCAGUGUGACAAUAAAAGUGUGAAGCUUUUAACUACUUGAACCCAAGAGUUCUGCCAAAGUUUGGAAUGUACCAUCCCAUCCCAUAAACACUCGGUUAUCUCGCACUUUUUUGAAAUCAGGUCACAGGGGCCAGAUUGUUUGUUUUAGCUGUAGCUUCUUGUUCCGAUUGUCAUGCUUGGAUCACAUUUCUGAAUGUUUUUAAUUUUGCAUCUUGAUAUGUACUUUGUUUGCUAUUAAGUUGUCUGGUACUUUGAACUGUCGAGGCAUGUGUCAAGGUAUGACUGCUCUAUCAGGAAGUAGCAACAUCUCUCUACGCUAAAUGCGGUGAGAUCAUGUUCUAGACAAGUUCAGAUAUGAAGUUUAUCCAUAUAAAUACCAGGUACACUGA